CGCCGUUUCUCUGUAAACCCUAACGCCGGUAAGUCAUCAAACUCGUGGAAAAGAUGAACAUAAAACGUUGUCUCUUUCAAUUUACUCAUUCUCACCGUUUCACGUUUAUUUUUUCAGAUCUAUAACCACAAUGACGAGUACUCGAACUCCUUCUGCGACUAAUCAGGUCCGCUUGAAAUUUUUCUACUGGAAGACUUGUAAGUAAGUCGUCUGGAAAGUCUUCAACCUGGACGACUUAGUACGUCCAUUUGGAAGACUUUCCAGACGACUUAAAUAUAAGUCGUCAACUAAGUCGUCCAGUUGGACGACUUUCUAGACGACUUAUAUUUAAGUCGUCUACUAAGUCGUCUGGAGUAACAAUUAAGGCGUGAUUGAUUUAGCUUGUGUUCUGACUUCUAUUGUUGUCUUUGAUUAUUUUGCAGACAAAAAGGAUGGAUAUUCCAGAACUCCCCCGUAGGUUAUACACAUUAGGGGAAGAGCCAGAACCCCACAAUAGCAUUUCGUAUCAUACGGAUAACACGAAGUUGCAUACUGCUCUUAGGGAAGCUCUCACUGAUGCUGAAUUUGAAGAGCUCAAGGAGUCGAGAUUGGGAGUUUUCAUCAAGUUCAAGGAGCAGGGAUUUGGUUGGGCUUCAAGGCUGGUUCACCACUUGCUCGGUUUAAAGCUGGACAUUAAGAAGAAGUACGAGAUGUGGUGUCUCGUUGGUCCAGAACCUGCGAGGUUUUCACUGUUAGAGUUUGAAAACAUCACUGGUCUAAACUGCGACUACAUCGAGGACCUUGAGACACCAGAAUGUGAAGUUACCCCACAGAUGGUUUCUUUCUGGGAGAUGAUGGGAGUUCAUCGGGAAGCUGGGCCAAGUACUGAUCAGAUAAUAGCAGCACUGAAGAGAUGCGGGGAUUGGUCCAGGGAAGAUCGCAAGCGACUCGCGUACCUUUCCAUCUUCACUGGAUUCAUUGAAGGGAAAAAGUUCUCAAGCGCUACACGAGCUACUCUCGCAAGGCUAGUGAUGGAUUUAGAAAGGUUUGAGAAUUAUCCAUGGGGGAGAGUCGCGUUUAAGGUGCUGAUGGACUCUUUGUGGAACAAAGAUAUUACUGGCUGUUACACCGUGGAUGGCUUUAUACAAGUUCUUCAGGUCUGGGCGUACGAAGCUAUUCCGGGAUUGGGUGCUAGUAUUGGUCUACCCAGAGCAAACAGUCCGUCUCCACCGAUUCUGGCUUACGACGGCAGCAGAGGCCGCAGAUUCAUG